CACUCAGCAGCACUAACCGCGCACCACCAGCAGCACCACCUAGCUACCUCUUCACUCGGAGUGCACUGGCCAAGCAUGAGCUCUGCUGCGUGGCACGCCGCCGUGGCGGCCGUCCUGACGAUCAUCCUCUGCUCGCGUCUCGCCGAGGCACGCGUCCACCCGAGCCACGGCGGUGGCCUGGCGACGAGGCGGCGCGACGUUGUUCCCGCCGGCGUCGGUGGCUGCGCGCUGGCCGUGGAGCCUCUCGGUUACCCCUGCGAAGAGCACGAGGUGACGACGGUGGACGGAUACAUUCUUAGCUUACAACGGAUACCCAGGGGCCGACACGCCGGCGCCGGCGUGGGGCAGCCGGUGCUUCUGCAGCAUGGGGUUCUCGUGGACGGCAUGACAUGGCUUCUGAGUUCGCCGGAGGAGUCGCUGGCUUACAUCCUCGCCGACCGCGGCUUCGACGUGUGGAUCGCCAACACCAGGGGCACCAGGUGGAGCAAGCGCCACGUCUCACUCGACCCCUCGUCCCAGGACUACUGGGACUGGUCAUGGGACGACCUAGUUACCAACGACAUGCCGAAAAUGGUUGACUAUGUCUACACCCACACUGCCCAGAAGCCGCACUUCGUUGGCCACUCAUUGGGGACGCUGGUGGCGCUUGCGGCCUUGUCGGAGGGAAGGCUGGUGGACAAGAUGAAGUCGGCGGCGCUCCUGACCCCGGUCGCCUACCUCGCCCACAUGACCACUCCCCUCGGCAUACUGCUCGCCAAAACAUUUGUUGGAGAGGCCAUCUCUGUUCUCGGUGUGGCGGAGUUCGAUCCAGUAGCGCCUGCAGUGACGAGCCUCAUCAAGGAGUUGUGCCGCCAACCCGGAACGAAUUGCUACGAUCUCCUCAGAGAUUUCACAGGGAAAAAUUACUGCCUGAAUAAUUCGGCUGUGGACGUCUUCCUCAACUACGAGCCCCAGCCGACAUCCACCAAGACCAUGGUCCACCUCGCCCAAACGUUCCGGGACGGCGUGCUGUCGAAGUACGACUACGUGUGGCCGAACGUGAACGAGGAGAAGUACGGGCUGCCCGACCCGCCGGCGUACAACAUGUCCAACAUCCCAUCCCCUUUCCCACUCUUUCUCAGCUACGGUGGCCAGGACGAGCUGGCCGACCCCGCGGACGUCGGCCUCCUGAUAGGCGACCUCAUUGGCCACGACCGCGACAAGCUCACGGUGCAGUACCUGGAGCAGUUUGCACAUGCCGACUUCGUCAUCGGCACCUGCGCCAAGGACUACGUCUACAACGGAGUCAUCUCCUUCUUUAACCGCUUCAACUAGCAACACACAAAUCGCGUGGAAAAAGUGAUAAGCUACUCCCAAAUAAACAGAAAAAACUAGCUAACACAAACACACGAGGAAGAACAGAAAAUGAAAGCUAGAGGUGUGCACGAUCAUGGAGGUGGAUGUAAAUAUGUGAUAAGUAUUGGAGCCUCAUAUAUUUACAUGUGCAUUUCUAUGUUUUUUUUUCUUUUGUAAAAGACAUUUAAUAUGUACAAUACA